GUGCCGUAUUGCACUAGGUUAGCCUUUGAUCUGAUUCUUCAGGACUUCUCUAAUGUCCUUUGUCCACUUUCGGUAUCUGUGAUACACAGAUCUGUAUGACAUUGACAACAUCAGUAAGGUGUUACACUUGGCUGUAUUCUAAAAUUCUCAGUCUUGUUACUGGCAUAUUCGGACUGCAUACAGUCAGUAAACAUAAUAGUUAAAAUUGCUGCUAUGGACUCCUGUGUGCAGUAAUAUGUUAAUAUAAUCUUACUGCUUUUAGUCCUUGGCUGUAACAGAAGUCAUAAUGAUACUAAAGAUAACAUACAUCCUAAUGAAAAUAACAAUACAACCAAAAGUUUAGAUAUUCACCUAGCUUCUUGCAAGAGAAGAACAUACUCAUCCAGAACCUUUCAACAAUACUAAGGCAAAUGUAGUUAACUUUUGAAGGAAUGUUGGUUUGUGAUUAGCACCUGCCAGGUGUUUUAGACUGGUGGGGGAAGGCAGUCUGAUUUUCAGAUGGUUUGAACUUCCACUCCUAGCAUUCUUCAUCAUUGGCCAUGUUUGCAAGGUCUUUGGGGAGCUGAAGUCCAGAACUUCUGGAGAUCUACUCUCUGCCCACUCCUUGUUUACACAGCAGUUCUCAUUGUAAGUGGGCCAUGCUGGAUAGACCUGAUGGGAGUUUGUAGUUCAAAACACGUGGAGAACAAACAGGUUGAAGGAGGAGACAGCAGUGCAUCAGCACAUCGCCCUUCACUACUGCUGAUUAAAGGCUCUGUUCUCUUAAUUCCUAUACUGUGCUUCUGAAUUUGUACUUUGCAUUUCUGCUCUGUCCUUGAGACAUUGCCUGACAACCAUUUCCAGCCAUCAUUUCAAGAUGCAUAUGUUUGUAAGAUGAUUAAUUUUGUAUUAUAGAUCCCUGGGGAAAAUAACUUGCUGUAUUUUAAUAUCUAAAGAUCAAAUCCUGUGAGUCCUAUAAUCAUUUAAACCUACUUUGACUUGAAGAAAACCUUUAACUUAUGCAAGUGGAUAGAUAAUGAAGCUGAAGGCUGAUAAAGAGUAAAUAAAUUUUGAACAAAACCAUGAUUUUUGAACUCCUGCUUUUGAUUUAUCAAAGCUUAUAUGAAAAAUCUGUUUUGUGGUAAUAUAUUGUUUCUGGAAUAUUGUGUGGGGUUUCUGCAAAUGCUACCCUCCCCCCAAAAAAAAUCACAUGCAUGCAGCAAAUUUGCCUACAUACAGGAUCUCUGAAGGGCACUUACAAGAAUUUCACAUGGAUUAACACAGAAGUGUAUGCUGUCUCCAAUCUUUAUAUCUUAUUACAUCAACCUUCAGUUAUCUCAUUGUAGCUUACAGUCAAUUACAGCCAGUCCUUGUAAAAUCACAAAAUAUUAAAACAUCCGUCAAGUCUGUACAGAUUCCAUCCUAAAACUUAGCUUGCAGAAUCUUGCAGCACAAUAAAUAUCUUUCUAAAUAUGAAGAACUUAAAUCAUAUUCCCAAAGGUGAGAAGUGAGUAGGCUGAGCAAGCCUGAUUGGACAAGGAAUUUCACAAGGAGGAUGCUGUGGCUUUGAGGAGGCCCUCAAUGUAGUAGCCAUCUGUUGUAUCUCGAUGGUGGGGGCUGUCCAGGGUCUUGCCUAAAUAUCUUAAAAAUUAGAGAUAGAGAUGCAAAGGGAGAUUAUCCUUCAAGAAACUGUAGUGGCUUGAAUAUUUAGUUUUGGUGUAUCAUAUUUGUGGCUCAGCUGGGAUGGUAAUUCAUUUUGGGGGAAAUGCGCAGUUAAGUAGUGUUUUGUCAGCUGCUUUCAUAGCAAAGCCUACACCUCUCUCCUGCCAUGCCACCACAGUAGGAGGUGAGGCACCUUAUUAAAUGCAUUUAUGAUGGCAAAUUGACAGUGGCAGGUUCCUGUGCAUAGUAUGUGAACUCCUGGAUUGUCGCUUUCAUUGAUCUGACAGGAACACAGUCUGGCUGACAGAAGUCACCUCUUAGUACUUCUAUAUUUAUCUUGGGUAGGAGUGGGUGGAAAUGGAAGCAAAUUCUUGGCAGGAAAACAAGGCCCGGUCUUCCUUACACCAGCCACAAUCUGCGUAUCACUGUCUGCUUAUUUCCCCUCUUUUCUCUGUGAAAAUGGUGAUGUCACCUGUGUCCUAAUCAGUCCUGCUUGGUUGUUGGCCAGAGGUUAUUAAGGGAAUGUUGUUUGGUGCUUGCCUGAAUUCUCCAGCUACCUUUUCAGGUUUAAGAGUUGCUAACUUUGAUACUUCUUAAUUUAGCCUGAUAUAUAUCUAAAGCUUUACUAUUCAACAUGCCAGGGAUCCAAAGCCCAUUGUAUCAGAUCGGUUGGCUUCCUUCCUACAGGAAUGAUUAAUGCUUAAAGGGAGACAAAAGGAAAGCCAUGUAAUAUAGCCUUAAUGUGCUGGACCACAAUCCGUAUUACCCUCAGACAGCAUGGCCCAGCUGAUGAAAAAGUGACAUUUGUUUAUGUUAUAUUUUGGAUUUUGAAUUUAUAUCCUGCCUUUUUCCUACAAAGGGCUCAAGGCAGCUUACAUCAUUCUCCUCCUGCAUCUUAUCCCCACAACAACAUCCCUGUGAGGUAGGUUGGGCUGAGCAUAUAUUUGCAGCAUAUACUGUGUUUUUUUCCUUUCGAGGAACUCAAGACAGAUUACGUCAUUCUCCUUUUCUUGCUCUCAGUCUUAACCUCACAUCAACAACCCUGUGAGGUAGGUUGAGCUGAGAGUCUGUGACUGGCCUAGAGUCACCUAGUUGGCUCCAUGGCUGAGUGGGGACUACAAUCCAGAUUUUCUGGAGUCCUGCUCCCACACUCUUAGCAACUAUCACACUAGCUCUCAUGACAUGAAACCCUUAGUUUUAUCAUUCUUCACUGACAAAAGUUCUUUUUUAUGGCUGUUAGCUUCUUCAUUUGGGAUAGAUCUUGUUUGUUUCUUGUAAAUAUUUACUUUGGAGGUGACUUGCAAAUGCUAGAAGCCUCCAGUCCAAAAUGGGAGACCUGAAGUUUAAAGGAGAACCUAAAUAGUGGGCAUUAUACAAACUUAGUGGAAUGGAGAAAACCACUGAAGUGCAGUCAUUGCUGGAUACAAACUCUAUAGAAAAAACUGGGAAGGGCAUAAAAGACUUUCAAAAAUAUUUAUUUAUUUAACAAUAUGGCAUGCCAGGCAGGAACCACACCUGUUGUAAAGCCUAAUUACUAGUCUAUGGAAUAAAUGCACUAAUUUGGCAAGUCCACUCUUUUCUUGAAAUGAUUGUUCUGUUGCAUUGUGGGGAGGAAGAAAAGUGGUGCCUUAGAUGUCUAUGUUGGUUUAGACAUUUUUCUUUCUUAGUGAUGAAGUUUGAUUAUGUAGCACAGAAUUUGAAUAUAGCAGGAAACAUUCUGCAACGUUACUUCUGUUUUUCCUGUAUCAUCCAGCCUCUUGCCUCAGUUCAGUAUUUUUGUCAUUUAUUUGAGGAAACUUUUCUCUUCAUUUUACUGCUACAAACACCUUUCUCAUUACAAAUGCAUUCUGCAUCAAAUCUUUUAACCAUUAAAUUUAGGCUCCACAAUACCGUGCUAACUUGUUAUUUAAUAUCAUUGUACCUAGGAGAAAUUCUGCUGUAGAACUCUGUUGGGAAUUUGACCUGGUUAAUUAUGUGGUUAUUAAGAGCUUCCUCCUAAGAUUGAACAGAGUUUGCAGCAGGAAUUCUGCGAAAUUCCAUAGGCCUAGGGAAGUUUGUGGGACAGGGAGAGUCUAGACCAAGGGUCCUCAAACUUUUUGAAUAGGGGGCCAGUUGAAAGGCUGUGGUGACUGUUGCGGGCCGGUGAGGUGGGGGUGCCUGGGGGACGGGCCGGUGAGGUGCUGUCAGGCGUGCGCAAGGCAGCAUUGGGCACGCACAGUGGUGGCUCGCUCGCUUGGAGAUCUCCCUCUCCAAGUGAGCACACCACCACCUUCCCACCCGCGAUGCAAGGCAGUGGCAAGCGCGUGCGUAUGGGAGGCAGGCGGCGGCUUGCUUACUUGGAGACCGGGAGGCAGGUGGCAGUGAUUUGCUCGCUCGGAGACCAUCUCUGAGCGAGUGAGCCACCACCUCUCCGCCCACACAGCAAGCGUGCGGUGGUGCGGGUCAGAUGGAUGGCCAUGGCAGGCUGGAUCUGUCUUGCAGACCGUAGUUUGAGGACUCAUGAUCUAGACUGUGUUCAAUGUACUUUUCCCAACCUGGUUCCUUCUGCAUUUGCUGGGUAACUCCUAACAUGCCAGCCAGUGAUCAGGAGUGCUCGGAGCUGAAGUCUGAAACAUCUAGAGACCUACUCUUCCAACUCAAGCAUAAGGAGCCUGAAUGAGCCUGAAUGACAUGUUUCAAUGGAAGGGUUUCCCCAUGUUUUCAGUUUCCACACUUUUCAGAGAGAUUGAUUGUGACACGGCUGACUGCAGGGGGGAACUGAAAAAUAGGGGGAAACUUCAAAGAAAGAAAAUUUUCACUUACUUGUGAUGGGACUCCCAAUUUCUUGUAACACUUAAUGUAUUUUAAGUAUUCUGUGGGUAUUAUAACCAUAAAUGUGUUCCAGCUCUGUUCCUGCUAUUGUAUAAUCAACUCUGCUUCUCAUGUUGUUGAAAGGCACUGCUUCUAUUUAUUUUUAAAAGAGAAGGGGAAAAGACUAUUUGGUUUAUUUUAAAAAUCAAGACAAGAGAAGGGUUUGAAACAAAAGAAACAAGAGUUUGAAACAACUAAAAAAAACAAAUGCAGCCUUUAUAGGUUGCUUAAGCUUCUUAACAAAACGAACUGAUUGCUACUUCUUUCAAAUGCAUAAGGUAUGAAUAAGUAAUUGGAGUGCUUCUUCUAUUUUAUUUUAGCGUCCCUGUCCUCCCCAAAUUUGCUACAUUGACUCUGAAAAUUGGAGCUUCUCUUCUGGUCACAAAGUCAGCCAAGGAAUCUUUUUCUCAAUAGCACUACCAUUUUUCAUGCAGCACCCAAGAAGAUUAAUAAUGUGUAUGGAUUAGAAGAAGCAAUUGUUGAUGAGCAAAAUAGCAGUCAAGAAGGCAGGCAGACUGGAAGGGGACAGCUGCCAACGCACCAAGGAGGGCCAGUGGCUAAGCUGGAAGCAUGGAGGAAAGGAUUAAUGAAAAGAUAAACCAGGCCCAUGUCCUCUUUGACCGAUUUGUCCAGGCCUCGACCUGCAAAGGGACUCUCAAAGCCUUCCAGGAGCUCUGUGAUUAUCUGGAGCUGAAGCCCAAGGACUAUCGUACUUUCUACCACAAGCUCAAGUCCAAGCUUAAUUACUGGAAAGCCAAAGCCCUUUGGGCCAAGUUGGAUAAGAGAGGUUGCCACAAAGACUACAAGAAGGGGAAAGUAUGCGCCAACACGAAGUGUCUCAUCAUUGGGGCUGGACCCUGCGGCCUUCGAACAGCCAUUGACCUCUCCUUUCUAGGAGCAAAGGUGGUGGUGGUAGAAAAGCGUGAUGCCUUCUCCCGCAACAAUGUUCUACACCUGUGGCCAUUUACUAUCCAUGACUUGCGGGGCCUUGGCGCCAAAAAGUUCUACGGCAAAUUCUGUGCAGGAGCCAUCGACCAUAUCAGUAUUCGUCAGCUCCAGCUGAUACUCUUGAAGGUAUCCUUAAUCCUGGGUGUUGAGAUCCAUGUCAAUGUGGAGUUCCAGGGUCUUCUCUAUCCUCCUGAGGACCAGGAGAAUGAAAGGAUAGGUUGGCGGGCACAGGUCCACCCAAAAACACAUCCUGUGUCAGAAUACGAGUUUGAUGUGAUCAUUGGAGGAGAUGGACGGCGGAACACUUUGGAAGGCUUUCGCCGAAAAGAGUUCCGUGGAAAGCUGGCAAUUGCCAUCACAGCCAACUUCAUCAACCGCAAUACCACAGCAGAAGCCAAAGUUGAAGAGAUAAGUGGUGUGGCCUUCAUAUUCAACCAGAAAUUCUUCCAAGAUCUGCGAGAAGCUACAGGCAUUGAUUUGGAGAACAUUGUCUACUACAAAGAUGAUACCCACUAUUUUGUGAUGACUGCCAAAAAGCAAAGCUUACUGGAUAAGGGAGUAAUAUUACAUGACUAUGCAGAUACAGAACUACUACUUUCACGAGAGAAUGUGGACCAGGAAGCUUUGCUCAGCUAUGCCAGGGAAGCUGCUGACUUCUCAACCAAUCAGCAGCUGCCAUCACUGGAUUUUGCCAUCAACCACUAUGGACAGCCUGAUGUGGCCAUGUUUGACUUCACAUGCAUGUAUGCCUCAGAAAAUGCAGCCAUGGUUCGAGAAGUGAAUGGCCAUCAAUUGCUGGUGGCACUGGUUGGAGACAGUCUGUUAGAGCCAUUCUGGCCAAUGGGAACUGGAAUAGCUAGGGGCUUUCUUGCUGCCAUGGAUUCUGCCUGGAUGGUACGAAGCUGGUCACUGGGAACAAGCCCUUUGGAGGUCCUUGCAGAGAGAGAGAGUAUCUAUAGGUUGCUGCCUCAGACGACCCCUGAAAAUGUGAGCAAGAACUUCAGCCAAUACAGCAUUGAUCCUGUCACUCGGUAUCCAAAUAUCAAUGUCAACUUUCUGCGGCCAAGUCAGGUACGUCACUUGUAUGACACAGGAGACCUGAAAGACAUACAUCUGGAAAUAGAGAACUUGGUGAAUUCCAGAACCCCCAAAUUGUCACGGAAUGAGUCAGUGGCUCGCUCUAGCAAACUCCUAGGCUGGUGUCAGAGGCAAACAGAUGGCUACACUGGUGUAAAUGUAACGGAUCUUACAAUGUCUUGGAAGAGUGGCCUAGCCCUGUGUGCCAUUAUCCAUCGGUAUCGCCCUGACCUUAUAGACUUCGAUUCUCUAGAUGAACACAAUGUAGAGAAGAAUAACCAGUUGGCAUUUGACAUUGCUGAAAAGGAGUUUGGAAUCUCUCCCAUCAUGACUGGCAAAGAUAUGGCAUCUGUUGGUGAACCAGACAAGCUGUCAAUGGUUAUGUAUCUCAGCCAGUUCUAUGAAAUGUUCAAGGAUUCUCUCCCUUCUAGCGAUAAUCUGGAACUGAAUGCAGAAGAAAAAGCUGCAUUAAUUGCUAGCACUAAAUCUCCAAUUUCCUUCUUCAGCAAAUUGGGUCAAAGCAUCUCUCGGAAACGGACACCAAAGGAUAAAAAAGAGAGAGACUUGGAUGGUUCAGGAAAGAGGAGGAAAACAAGCCAGUCAGAGGAUGAGGACACUUCCCGAAGCUACCGAGAAGAGAGGCCCACACUAGUGAGUGCCCUGACAGAGAGAAGAAUUGAUGCCUCCAUUGGGAAUCAGAAUAAAGUGAAGUCCAUGGCAACACAGCUGCUGGCCAAAUUUGAAGAAAAUGCCCCUGCACAGUCCACAGGCAUCCGCAGACAGCCUGCCCAGCCUUUUCAAGACCGUGCUCUCAGCCAUCCAGCCUACCGACCACGAGAGCAGGGCCGCCUUGCCCCAGUACCUCAGUGGAAACAGAUGAGGAAAAAGGAGCGUUGUCGGACCUGUCCCAAAAAAGUGAUCAUACUCUCUUCUUCCUCCAUUUGUACUACUUCUCCAUCGUACGCCAGUCACCAGACAAACAGGGAUCCUCAUGCAGUCCCAGCUGGAGAACAGAGUCCUAGCCAACAACGGAGACCCCGCCAAUUCUUUUCUGAUGACCAUGUGCCAGAGCGCAUGCUCACCAUUGAGCAGAGGGCAAACCAGCUGGCUGCCCUCCUGGAGCAAAAGCCAACUACCAGGCAUCAGCCAGAGGUGGAGCGAUCUCGUCGAUCUGUUGUUGAACAGUGGGAGCUCUCCCGUAGCCUCCGCUCUUCCAGCCGCCCUUCUUCUCCCUCAUCUGAUUCCCUCAGACAGAAGUAUAUAAAGAUGUAUACAGGUGGCGUGAGCUCAUUGGCUGAGCAGAUAGCCAAUCAGCUUCAAAGGAAAGACCAACCUAAAACCCUUCUAGACAAGAAAGAACUGGCUUCGUUAAAAAAAGAAUUCCCCCCAAACUUGGGAGGUAGUGAUGUCUGCUACUUCUGCCACAAGCGUGUCUAUGUAAUGGAAAGGCUGAGUGCAGAGGGCAAAUUCUUCCACCGCAGCUGCUUCAAGUGUGAAUAUUGUGCCACCACUUUGCGCUUAUCGUCCUAUGCCUAUGAUCUGGUGGAUGGAAAAUUCUACUGCAAGCCUCACUACUGUUACAGACUUUCAGGUUAUGCACAAAGGAAGAGACCAGCAGUGGGUCCUUUGUCUGGAAAGGACAACAAAGGGACCAAGCAGGACAACAUGGCAGCUGAUGGUGCAGGACGUGCAAAUUCCAUCUCAGUGUCAUCAGAGAGGACCCCAGCUCCCAAUGUAAAUGGCCUAGAGGAACCCAGUCUUGCCAAGAGAUUGCGUGGUACACCAGAGCGGAUUGAAUUGGAGAAUUACCGGCUCUCAGUACAGCGGGAAGAGGAAUUGGAAGAAGUUCCAGAGGAGACCUUGGCAGAGCAUAACCUAAGCAGCGUGCUAGACAAAGGAACAGAAGAGGAUGUGCCCAGCAGUAGUUCAGAAUCUGAGAUGGAGGAGGAAGAGGAGGAGGAGGAAGAGCAGCCACAGCAACCUUCUUCUGAUCUGGGUGGUGUGCCCUGGAAAGAGGCUGUGCGGAUACAUGCUAUGCUGAAGGGCAAGAGUGAGGAGGAGCUGGAAGCUGAACAAAACCAUGCCAAUGAAGAGGAGGAGGAGGAGGAGGAGGAGGAGGAAGAGGACGAUGAUGGAGAGGAGGAGGAAGCCUCUAGUGAAGAGGGAGAGUAUUACCCUUGGGAGAGAGAACUGCAACAAGGCCUCUGGCUUCAACGUCUCUCAAAUGAAGAGGACACGGGUACAUUUAAAGCUGGAAACCUGAGGCUGCAGCAGAUAGUAAAUCCGAUUGAUCCCCUGGAGAUCUUGGCAGAUGUGCAUUGGACACACAUCCGUCAGAAAGAGGAGGAGGAAAAAGUGGGCCCUGCUUCUAAGUCCUCCAGCUCCAGAGCAUCAGACCUUCCCUCCAUACGCCAUGAGGCAGUGCAGGCGUGGCUGGAUGCAGUCCCAGGAGCCUUGUGUGAGGAGAAUGACUAUGACGAUGAGGUUGGCACUGAGCCUGCAGAAGCUUUUGAAGAUGGAGACACGGGUGCGGAGUUGGACGAUGAUGACAUCCCAUCUGAUGCAGAAGCAGAGUGCCGCCUACAUCAAGAAGAGGAUAAACAGCUUGAGCUGGAAGACUCUGAAGACCAAGAGGCAGAGACAGCUGCCCCUUCUAUUACAACAGAAGAUCUCUGCAAACCUUGUCCACCUGUGGAAACAUCAUUUGAAGGGCCUGUUCAGCUUUCUCCAACUGAUAACCACAAUGACAAAGAAAAGGAAGACUCAAAGGAACCUCUUGCAGCAGGAGCCUGCAACAAGAAAUCUGCAGAUUCACAAUUUUUCCCUGAGCCAUUCCUUCCAGAAGAGGAGAAACAAGACAAGAUCCUCAGUGAUCAAAAAGUCCAAAGCCCACCUGCAUCACUCUCUCCAAUACGAUCCCAGCCAGUUGCACUGCCUGAGGCCAUCACACCAACAUCUCCUGUGAAAUCACAACCAGCCACACCUGCAAUAUCACCAUCUCCACCUGCUGCGCCCCUGCCUAUUUGUUCACAGCCUUUACCUUCUAGUGAGGCAUCUGUUCCUUCUCCAGGGGAACCACCAGUGUGUUUUCAACCAGUCCCAGCCUUAACUUCCACUCCCUUGGCUAAACUUGCCCUAAAAAGUCAAGAUGGUGAGAUGGACAAAGUGGGGAGCUCUACCACAGCAGAAGAAGCUUUGAAAAGGAAUAACCUUGUGGAGGAGUUCUGGAUGAAGAGUGCUGAAAUCCGGAGAAGUUUGGGUCUCACUCCUGUGAACAGAAGCAGAGGGCCAGAGCCAAGCUUUACCAUCUCAGCUCUCGAAUCCACCCCGCUGAAAUCCUACACACCCGAGCAGAUUUCAGAAGAGAAAGGCAUCCAUUUCAUCAAACCCCAGCCAGCCCCAAGGAAACCAGUCACACCAAAGCUAGACAAUGAUCAAUUUUCUCUGCUUACACCAAAGUCCCCAUCAGAGAGGGAACUGAAAAACUCAAGUGAUGUUAAAAGAGACCUGUCCAGUAGUUCUGGACUGGGUCUUCAGGGCAGUUCAUCCAACAUGAGGACAUUGGCCAGCCAGAGUUUCAACACUUCUGAUUCCACCAUGCUUACCCCUCCCUCCAGCCCUCCACCUCCGCCACCUCAAAAUGAAGAGCCAGCAACACUGCGAAGGAAAAGGCACCAGGCAACUUGGCAGAACGAAGCCGAGUCUAAACCAGCUUCUAUGCAAACGCCUCACCCACCACCAGCAAACGAACAGACCCGGCCAGCCAGGGAGCCAUCCCAGCCUCCUAGAGAGGAGGUAAGGAAGUCGUUUGUGGAGAGUGUAGAUGAGAUACCAUUUGCUGAUGAUGUAGAGGACACUUACGAUGAGAGAACUGAGGAUACAAGCCACCAUGAAAAAUACUACACUCCACCCAGCAGGCCACGGCCAGAGAAGCCUCUUCACUUACAUUUGGGUAAACAGAACGGUGGACUGCCAUCCAUGGAAGGGGGAAGCCAACAAAAAAGAGGUCUGCCCCAAGUCUCUGCAGAAGCCAAGGAGCUGGCCGAGGAAAGAAUGAGGGCCCGAGAGAAGUCCAUCAAGAGCCAGGCCUUGCGUGAUGCCAUGGCAAAGCAGCUGUGCAAGAUGAAAGAUCUGGAGACGGCCAGUACUGCUGCCAGAUUGCACAAAGCCUCUACCAUGCCCUCAAGCAGCAAGGAGAUCUGUUUUGAAUCCCCAAAGCAUUUGGUUAUGAAAGCCAGUGAAGGGCCCACACUGAAACACGAGGCUAGUAGUGAAAGGUUCUUCUCACCCUUUCCAGAUGUCAGUGGGCGCGAUGGGUCAGUAACAUCUUCAGAAGGUUCUGGAGGGAAGAGUAAGAAAAGGACUUCUCUCUUCUCUCCCCGUAAGAACAAAAAGGAGAAGAAGUCCAAGAAUGACAGCAAGCUUUCUGAUAAAUCCAGCAGUGCUGCUGAGGAAGCUACUAAGCCUAAAUCACUGUGGAAGUCUGUAUUCUCUGGUUAUAAGAAAGACAAGAAGAAAAAGACUGAUGACAGAUCCUGCCCUAGUACACCCUCCAGUGGGGCCACAGUUGAUUCAGGGAAACAUAAGCCAUCUCCGCUGGUUAGAGCAUCAGCAGAUUUGCCAUUGCGUCGACACUUGAGCUUCUCUGAAGACUCUGACCUUUCCAAUGACGAUGUCUUGGAACGCUCUUCACAGAAAUCCAAGAGAGAGUCGAUUUACGUCCCACACGCCUUGGCAUUCAAGAGAUCAUACGCAUCAAAGAAGGCAUACACAGAGGAUGAGCUCAACGCCAAACUGACCCGGAGGGUACAGAAAGCUGCCCGUCGCCAAGCCAAGCAAGAGGAGCUGAAGAGGUUACACAGGGCCCAGAUUAUCCAACGUCAACUGGAGCAGGUAGAAGAGAAGCAAAGACAGCUGGAGGAGAGAGGAGUUGCUGUUGAGAAGGCUCUUCGGGGGGAAGCAGACUAUUGGGGAGAGUCUUAUUACAGUGACCUCAUCGACUUGCACCUGGGUGUUGAGCCCAAUGCCGGGACACCACGCCGUAGACCUCUCUCCUUCUGCCCUUGCUGUGCCCACGAAGGCAUGGGGAAGAAGGAUGACCCCAAGCUGAUGCAAGAAUGGUUCAAGCUGGUGCAGGAUAAGAAUGCCCUGGUGCGCUAUGAGUCAGAGCUGAUGAUAUUUGCUCGGGAGCUGGAGCUGGAGGACAGGCAAAGCCGAUUACAGCAAGAGCUUCGGGAGAGGAUGGCAGUCGAAGAUCAUCUAAAGACAGAUGAAGAGCUAUCAGAAGAGAAACGGAUCCUGAAUGAAAUGCUUGAGGUGGUGGAGCAAAGAGAUUCUCUCGUGGCCCUCCUUGAAGAGCAGAGGCUCCGGGAGAAGGAAGAAGACAAGGACCUGGAGGCUGUCAUGCUUUCCAAAGGAUUCAGCUUAAACUGGUCCUGAACUUAAGCCCAUGCUCAGUUGCUGAUCUACAUUGUCUGGUUGGCAUAAGCCAAGUUGGCCAGAGCUGCCCAAAUGGAGGAGACAUGGUGGUGCACGAGCCACUUGAGGGUUCUUACAGCACCUGAGCCAGAAGCUUCUUGCAAAGAGGGCUGGGUUCUACAGGCACCGAGUCCUGCAUGAGUUCUGCAGACCCAAGCCAGAGAGAAUGACCUGAGGUUGCGUGCCUUCCUCAAGGACCUAUGCAAGAGGCCAUUGAGUUUUUGUGUUCUCUGAGAGAGGCUAAAAAGAAGAAACUAUUUUAUUGUUGCUGUUUUGUUUCUGUUUUUUAAAAACCCUUUAACAAAUCCAGGUGGGCUGUAGCGUGUCUGUUUUGCAUUUACUGAGCUAGCUGUAUUCUUGUGUUUGUUUGUCUGUUUAAAUACGAAGGAGAGAAGUGGCCAUUCUCUUCUGAAGCAUUACCCUGCAGCAGCCCUUGGGAGAGCAAACCACUCACUACUCCAGAGCACACUGUGUAUAUGUUCAAGGUUCUACUCACCAAAGAAGCCUGAAGCUGCCAUUGUUGUCUGGGCAUGGAGAAGAAAGAGUGGACUGGAAACUUAGAAGGCUGUUUGACUUGAAAUACUUGCCCCUCAUGGUUCUAGAAAAGAUACAGGCCCAGGCAGACAUGCUGUCUUCACUGCAGCCUUCAUAAGUUGCCAUUGUUCUGAGAGAAGACCAGCAUGUGAGCCUUCCCUUCCCUGCCUGCAGUGCUCUGGACUGAAAGGGACUGUUUCCCCUUCCUCGUGGACAUUGGACUGCUCUGUUUUGAACUUUGUGAUGAUUUUGACACUGGAAAGUGCUGAUUAUGAAAAUAGGUUUAUUAAGACGAAUUUUGUGGGUGCUCUUGGAUGCUAUUCCUUCAUAACCCACGAGAGUUGGACCCUCAAAAACUGUUCAGAGGGUUUGUGUUCUUCACGGCUUGGGAGGAUUAUUCUUUACUUUUUUGCACGUUGGAAAUGAAGCAAAAGACCUGUCCUUGCCCUUUAGUCACUUUAGAUCCUUUAAUGUCCAUUAACUUAUUUUUUAAUACUUGAAAGAAAAAUUGGUUUUGUACCUUUUUAAGAAGUGAGCAGACGAGUGAGUGGUGAAUCUGUGUGCCUGCUGCACCCCCCUCCCCAGGUUCUGUGUUUGUUUUUAAUUUGCUGGUCUCCCUUUCCCAGUAUCUAUUUAUUAGAGUACUUAUUAACGGUGUUACUGUUACACAUUAUAUUUGACGUGAAGAGGAGAUGCUUUUAAAUUCCAGGCAAUUGAUUCUACUCUGGACUUGUUCCUGCACCAUGUUGAAGGCCUACAGAAAUAUGCAGACAAGGUUUCCAAGCAGAUACCUUUUUCAACAACUCCAGCAUCUUUAUGGGGAAGACUCAGAAUCUGAGAAGUGAUGACAGAUAUAAUUUGUGCACAUCAUGUCUCUGUCUUUUCCCUGAAUCUUAACAAAACUGUUGCUUAUUUUAACCAAUGCUGUGAGAUUUUUGUAAUGAAAUGGUGGCAUUGCCACUUUCCCCCAUAUUAAACAGAAAAACCACGCCGGCACUAUAGUAUCUGCCUCCAAGGGAAAGAUUAGCACAAAUUCCAUUGAUUCUGUCCCAGGCCUGCUCCUAGUUGGAUCAGGGAGGGAACUGGUGGCCCUCUUCCAGUGCGACAGUAAAUACGACAUAACACAAUAGACUUUUCUCCAUCACCAGCUGAGAGGUUUCAUAAGCACACUGCAUCCUUUGCCAUGUCUUUCUCAAAUGUGCCAACCUUCAGCUUACAUAGUUUUCCAUUCUUGACGUUUUAGUCCUGGCUUUAAGGCCCAAUUAAAAAAAACAAAACUCUGGUCUUAGUUUGAAAAGAAAAAAGGAUAUAGCUGAUUUUCAUCCACAUGGGUGGUGGCAGCUGCUGCCACUGCUUCAAAAAGCUAUUGGCAGUUUUGGGAUGGGUUGAAACUCAGUCUUUGAAAUAAGUCCUGUGUUGCACCUUAGCUUGCCAGAUUCAAUACAGAGCAAGGUUCCUGUUCUGAUAAUCAUUUGUAAAAAGGAGAAUUUGAGCCACUUCUAUUUCCUCUGGUAUUGCAGCAAUGUAACCAGACAAUUUGCUCCUACUGAACCCUGCAUAGUUCUUGAGAGCAUAGGAGUUCUGUCAGUCCAGUGACUGUAAUGGCACUUCAGAAAUUGCUAGCCAGAUUCUGGUGAGGCAGUGCAUAGGUCUUCCAUCCUGUUGUUGACAGAAGCUACCUCUGAAAAAGACUGUACGUCUCCCUGUUUUAAAGGAAGCUUUGAUUACAACUUUCUGUUUAAGAAAGUGGAAAUUGAUACGGCCUUUCAUCAGCAGAGGCCUUUCUUCAGGAUUGGACUGCUGUGCAAUUGACUCUCAAAGGAACAUAAUGACUGUGGAGGAGUAGCAAUUAAACUGUACAGGAAACUGUAAAAGGGUCACUUCAGAGCAUAUGUUCAUCUCAUUCUCAGCCAGCAAGAGCCUGCUGCUAUUUAAACUGUCAAGAUAGGUAGCUAAAUAGAGAACAACUCAGGGCUGCUCCUGCAGGUUUCGCAGUUGCAAUGAGGGGAGCCUUCAGCUAGUGUAGGUUGCCAUGCAUGCCACACCUGCUGAAAUGCUCUCUGCUACUCAGUGAGUAAAGGAGCAAGGGCAGCCCUGGCCUCUCUUGUUCAAGGCACAUGAGCCUUCAGCAAGGGCCUCCUAUGUGCACGCAUUUGGGUCCUUAGUCUAGCUCUCAUAUGGCAAAUUGAAAGCACCUGUGAACAGCUUUCAUGUGCCUUACACAGAAGCUCAGCAGGUGCAUUUGUCCUCCCUUUUCAUGCUAUCUUGCAUGUGCACCACAGGAAAGAGAGGAGCUAUGCCUGAUGUUCAAAGUUUCCCCGUCUCUUACAGCUGAAGAAGUCUAGGCAAAAUCCAAUACGUGUGAGAUAAGAACCAAAAGAUUAAAAGACAUGAUCAGUGUAAUAGACAUUUACUCCAUUUACAGACCGCUGCUUAAAAAAUAAAUUCAGAGGCCAGCUAUUACAACUUUACAAUAGCACUAAUCAGUUGCAGUUCUGGCAAAAUUUCCACAGAUCUAGGCCAGAAAGAGGAGAAGUGAAAUGAGGGCAUCUUUCCCUCUUCCAGACUUCUCAGUAAUCAUGUUGAGCAGGAGUCCAUCAAAUUCUUUUAUAGCUCAGAGCUAUAAAAGGUAGGAAAAAAUUACGUACCCUUUCCUCCUAAUUCAUUAUAUGCAGAGAGGCCUCCUAGAAAUGUUUUAAAAAGAAAAAAGAUACUACUUGCUUUUAAAUAUGAAAAGAAUUACUUCCCUAUUUACUCAGCUGGGUAAAUUAAUACUUAUCCCUGGUGGCUGCCUUCACUUUGAACUUUCAUCUCUUCCAUCUAUAAUUAAGAUGAUUACUUGGCUCAACAUUUUGCUUCUUUUCAGCAGGUGAUGGUAUGAAAGGAUAUCUGAUGCUUCCUGCUACUUAAAAAAAGUCAAUAGCUUUUAAUAUUGUGGUGGCUAGUCAAAGGUUCCAGCCAAAUCUUCCUAUUAAAUGAUCCAUCAGGAAAGCAAAAACAGGUCUGCUAUCCAUAAAAGUUUGACAUUCAUGAGAUCUGAAUAUCCUUGCCUUAGAAUAGAAUAGGAAUGUUCCUAGAAUUACUAUGGUGAACCCUUUGGAAUUCAUCUUAGUGAAUCCACACUAAAGUUGCAACCCUUCCUGGGAACUUUUCUUGCACUGAAAUAUUCUGGUUUUUCUCUUCAAAAGCUGUGUCAUGUGCUUCAUCUUUUAACUGAGGGUUAUUUCUUCAUCUAGCUAUUCUGAUAAGUAACUUUUAGUGCCCUUCCUGCAUUGUCAUGCAUUAGGAGGUGAAAGGCUUUUGAGAAAAAAAAACUUAAGAGAUCAGGAUUUCUAAAUCUGUUUCCUGAAACCUAAAUGUAAAUUUCUUUAGUGUUCCUGUUUUCUCUGAUAGAGGCUCAUUUUAGCCUCUCAGUUCUCACUUAUUUCUGUCCUCAUUUUUGUCUGUUAUCUAUUGGCAAUAUUCAUGUUUGCAGAAGUGGGUGCUAUAAAUGUAAAAGAAAUUCAAACCACAAAGAAUGGCAACUUUGGUCUACCAUCACAAAGUUCACUGGCCUGCCUCCCCACUCCCUCCAUUAUAUUUUGCAUAAUGCUGGUGUUACUCACAGUAUCAAAGACGCAGUCUGCUGUUAUCUACAGGUUCCUUCCCCACCCCCCAAAAAAGGAAUUGCUAAAUUGGCAUCUCAGUCACCUUGACUUACUGGAGCAAAUUUCCAAACAUGUUAGGCUUCAUUUUUAAAACUGACCUUUUUGAGGGAUGUGGAGAGAAAAACACAUCCUCUAAGCAGCUGUUUUCAUUCCUCCGGCAGUUCAGAAUUAGGCACUCAUGGCACCCCCUUCAGUAAUAAAUUUUGAACUAGAGAAAUAAAAUAGGGAAAUUGCUGGUAUUUCCUCAUAGAUCAGUCAGGCAAAGUCACAAAAAUCUUGUUUUGAUCAUAAUGGCCAUUUGAGGAAAUUGAGCAAUUUUGUUGCUAAAACCCAAGGUUAAACAUAUGGGUUGUGUGCAUGGAAAGCAAUCUCAGAGUGCUUACAGGAGCACUGGAAAAAAGGAGAAAUGUUUUAAAACCCAUGAAAUCAUAAAAGGAUCAUGAAAUACCAAGACUGGGCUAAUAAUACCUAAGGUUAUUUAGAAGAGCAGCUUUCUUAGAAGCCAGAGGGUGACUUUAAAAUUAGAUGCCAGAGGACUAUUAUAUAUGACAUUUGUUGAAUAUUAAGAAAUUGGAAAGGUAGAAAUGCAUAUGUGGCAUUAAAUUGUCUUAAUGGAAGAUCAACAUUCUCAAUGCUCCUCAAGCUUCAACAAGGGAAGGUUAAAAAGAGGGAGAAUGGAAAGUAAGUUUCCCUUUGUCUAGGAUGGGCUAGUCUUGUACAGCUCUUGUUGGUUUAAUUUGGUGUCUGCCAUUCCUUGUAUACAAGGGGUAAAAUACAUGGACAUUUCUGCUGUGCCUGAAGCAGUUAUUAUAGAAUUGAGAAUAUUGCUUACCCUUUGCAUGGUUGACAUGAGGAUACCUUCUUGUGCUUUGAAUUGUUCACUGUGAAGAGAAUUGACCCCAAUCAGAUAAACGAUCUUUCUUUCCCAGCAAUGAAAUGAGAACUACCUCUCUCUCAAAUGGUGAAAUUCUGCCCCUGGAACUUCAGUAGCUCAGCUAAAACUCCCAUAUUACUAGAUGCAUAGACUAGACGGGCUUUCUGUAGCUGAUGGUAGCCCCAAAAGGAAGGAUUGUGUUUCCUCUUCCACUGUUUAAGCACUUCCUGUAAUACUUUCUGUCCACUGUGUUCAAACUUGCCAUCAGUCAGGUUCGUUUGUUUGUCAAAUGCAGUAUCUGGCCUUUGAUGUAGGACUUGGUGCUAAUGCAGAAAUAACAAGCACACUUGUUGCACCCUCUGGGUUUUUAACUCUUUUUUUAAGUACAUCUAGAUCAAUAACAUCUUGAAAAUCCACAAUUAUGUCUAAAGUUGCAUGACUGCAAUUUUUUCUAAGGCAAAAAAAGUUGACCCACACCCAACUGGCUAUUCCCUUCAUUUUGAUUUAAGAAAAUGUAUUUAACAGAACGUUUACAUUUAGACUCUUCAGAGGAACGUAGUGUAUAAGUUUUCCAACCUUGUGUUUUUUUAAAAAAUUGCUAAGUUGGGACUGUUGUUGUUUGCAAUAAUAAUUUAAAUAAAUCAUGAAACAGCCUGUUUGAGGUAGGGGAGGGAAUCUCUUGAUGCAUAAUAAGAUGGCAGAGUUUUUUCUAAUUAUUUCUGCCGCUGGGGCACUUGUACUGGGAAUUCACAAGCAAGGUAGAUGAGCAAAUGAGAAUGUCACUAAAAGUAUUGGGGAAUGUCAUGUUCUUAUGGCAUUACAGUAAUAUAAUUUUUAAUAUAUAGAAGUAUGUAUGUGAAAUCCAGUCCCAAUGAAGGGAUUUAAUGUGGUAUCUUCCCCUUGGGACAGUUGGGAACUCUGAUAUUCAGACUGUUUUACUGGUGUGUGUGCAGUGUAACAGAAAUUUGUGUACUGUACCAUUUCAUGUCUAAAACGUACCCACUUCCUUUUACUUUCCAUAUGGUUGCAUUUCAUUCUGUACGUUCUUAUGCACACUUGCUUUGUUGGUGUUGAGAUUUUAGCACCUCAGGUCACCAACGAAACUAAAAGGAAAAAGGAAAAAAAAUAAAAGUCAUUAAUUUUUUUCUUA